CCUGGUGGGUGUGGACUUUUAACCGACCAACAACACAUCGAUACAGCAGCGUGGCAUGCUUUGUGCUCUGCAACAACAUCAGUGCUCUCUAUAAAGUAACACACGGUAUUUUUUAUGUCUUUGUAGCGACAGAGACGCGCCACAGCUCAGGGAUGUCUUCUUCUGCUUUUAAUCUGAAAAUGUACCCGGUGACCAAGAAAGUCGAGGAGUUGCUUGCAAAGGAGUUAUUUUUCACAGAGUUGAACACGACCGCGACGUGCCUCAUCUGCAGGCAGAAAGUGCUGUAUAGGGUGUUCAACAUGAAGAGACAUUACACCAUUAAACACGCGGAGCAGUAUAGUAAAUAUAAAGAAGAGGAGAGGAAGGUGGUGUCCAAUCGGCUUCAUGCAGACUUUAACUACAACAAAGGGAGUACAGGAGAGCCCGAGUUGAAAGAAGAACCCAAACCUGCCCAGAUCACCACAGUCAUGCCAAGUCUAAAGCUGAUAUCUGCGACCGACACGCAGUACUCGGCAGCCGUGCUGAAGUCGAUGAACGAGCAGCGAAAUCAUGGAUUAUUUUGUGACGUCACCAUCAUCAUACAGGACAAAAAGUUCCGAGCUCACAAAACAGUCCUGUCUGCCUCGAGUACAUAUUUCCACCAGCUCUUCAGCGUCGCCGGACAAGUGAUCGAGUUAAACUUCAUCAGAGCCGAAAUCUUUGAGGAGAUUCUCAAUUACAUUUACAGCUCCAAGAUUGUCCGCGUCCGCUCCGACAUGCUCGAGGAGCUCAUAAAUGCUGGACAGAUACUGGGAGUUAAGUUCAUUGCAAACUUGGGGUUACCGUUAUCGCAAGUUAAAGGUCUGCCUGGUUUGUCUAAAGAGUCUGAAAACAAAAAUGACACAGAGUCCACAGAGAUGAUGCCGAUCAUCACAGAGUCCUUCUCGAUAUCUGCGGAGGAGUUCAAUCAGACGAGCAAAUCUGCAGGUAACGACGAGGAUUCAGACAGUGAUGUGAUGUUUGUCUCUCAAACAGACGCUCAGACCAAACAGAAAGCCAGCGGAGGUGAAGUCAUUGAUUUGGAUUCAGCCGAUUCCGAAAAUGUAGCGUCAAAGCAAAGUGAAAAGUCAGAUCAGGCUGUUGAAAAACACACCCAAACCACCAUAAGAGCAUCUGCUGUAAAGCCCGCAAGCAUCACUUGUCCAAACCCCGGUUUGCCAAACAGCAGCCCUCUGCACAGCCCGGACAGUAGCUCCAAUAACUCUUCGUCUUCCCCUGCCAGAGUUUCCUCAGGAAGCGCUCCCGCUACUCCAGCCAGGUCAAGCAGUUUUACACCUGAGCCAUCGAGUGCCUCUCAGUCCUCUGAAAACAACGAUUUAAUGGGAGUCCACAAGAAGCAUGUCUCGACUUCGACUCAAAAAGGGGAUUUCAAAAUAAGGCUCAUGGACGUGUCUGACGGCGCGGCUAAUAAGACUAACAUUCCCAAAUCAACUACAACAGCAAAAAAGACAGUGACGCUCAAUACAGCCACAGAGAUUGAUUCAAUUUCAUCAGGAUGUAAAGUGUAUGCCAAUAUCGGAGAAAAUACGUAUGAUAUUGUCCCAGUGAAGGAAGAUCCAGGUGAAGGCGGCUCUAAAGCCAAUAAAGGGAAGAGGUCUUUAAUGGCAACGCCUUUGAAAACUCUGGAUAAAACACCCACGUCACCGAAGGUCAGCCCCAACAAGAAGAGGACCAAAACCGAGCUCGAGGAUCACUACGAGCUGAUCAUGGACGGAAAGACUUUCUAUGUGUGCAUCGUCUGCAAGCGACCAUACGUCUGCCUGACAAGUCUCCGCCGCCACUUCAACACACACUCGUGGGAAAAGAAGUACCCGUGUCGCUACUGCAACAAGGUCUUUGCUCUGGCCGAGUACCGAACUAAACACGAAAUCCACCACACAGGAGAGCGGAGGUACCAGUGCUUGCUGUGCAAUGAAAUGUUCAUUAACUACCAGCUACUGUCCACCCACUGCAAACAAGCCCACAACCAGGACCCCAGUGGGAGGAAAGAGAAGGACGACGCCGACAACAACUUGUACCGGCUGCUGCCGUGUAAAUCGGUGCAGAUGAAGCCAUACUCGUGGACUACAGGCGGACCGGGCGUCCCUGUCAUAUCUGAGGACGGCAGCGUGCAUCACAUAACCAGCGUCGGCGAAGAAGUCCACUCUUCCACUCAGACCAGGAUGUUGAACUGGGAUGACAUCUUUGUCGAGCCCGACGCUCACAUUCCUCCCGACGGUCACACCCGGCCGGAGUCGACCAUGAACACUCCUCCACAGGCAGCCACAGAGUUUGACUUUGUUAUACCAGAGACAUACUGAGCAAGCACCCGCUGCUCCAUUUACUUGUGCCUUUUAGGUGCCCCCACCCCCUUUUUUCCUCUUCAGUUCCACGGCAACAAUAUUCGUCUGUAAUUCUUGAUAGUGUUAGCGUAAGGUACGGUCACGUUAGCCUUUCAGUUUAACAAACAUUUUUAGGUGUAAUGUGUUAAACGCGAUGAUGAUGUCAGAGAUGAUCAUGGUGAACUCUUUUGAUUGCAACAGAAUAGGAAGCGACUGCUUGAAUCUGUCCGUCGUGCCGGCUUCAGUCCACAUGAAAGGGAGACGGGGCGAUUAGUGACAGGACAGUAGUGUAUAAUGUGACCACACCUUGACUCAUGUUACUCUGCUUGUGUAAUAGCCUUGAUCUUUCAUAUCAUUGCAAUCAAUGAUUUAAAAACUAGGGAUGGGAAUUCAAAUAACUACAAACAAGUUUUUACCGACACAGGUGCCAUUAUCGCUUCCAUUCUUUAUCGAUUCUCUUUAUUGAUUCAGAGGAAAAACGGAGGCGACAACACAACCUUUUUAUCAUCUCCGAGUCUGGACACACUGAAUGCUGUGUCAUCAACUGAAGGAGAUGAAAUGAGAGAAUAUUUGUACAGCAUUCAAUUUUAUUUUGGCACUAAUGUUAUUAUAACAUUGGAUAUUUACCCUUCAGCAGUGGCACUUGUGUGUUGAGUGUCAAAUAAAUUACAGUGUAAUCCACGUUGUGAAGAAGGCACAACUAGCAUCUUUCUUUCUCCUCUCCGCCAUUUCUUCUCUUUGUUGCAAGUUUCCAGUACUGUAGAUGCACAACGCUAUUGUUUUGCAAUUUGCACAGUCUGGUAAAAAACAGGUUGGCAUCAAUAAAAAGGGUUUGAUGAGCUUGGAGGCAAACAAUCUGGAUAAACUGGAUAAUUUGGAAGCCCAUCCCUAAUAAAAACAGGAGUGGUUCACGACAUUUAGUUUCUAUGGGUAGUAUAAAUUUCUUUCAACAAACAAAAUCUGUAAUAAAAGGUGAAAAUCAUGUGUGUUCAACCUUUCACUGUAUGAGUCAACCUCUAGUUGUUCCAGGCUCAGAUUCAUGCUUUUUAGUCUUCAGCCUCAAAUCAUGUAUCAGCCGAAGGAUUUCAGCUCAAAGAUCUGAAGCACAAAGACAUUUGAACGGUGCUCUGGUUUUUAACCUCAGGCCAUGUCGUCUGAAUCCAUUAAUGACUUUAAACAGCCCACUGAGCUUCAUUUCAUUAAAUUGAAAUGGGGUUACCUAUUUAAGAAUGUGAAACCUCAGCUGAUGGUUUUAUGUUUAACCAGGAUGGCGUCCCAUUUUUAAAAUAAAACGGGGUUGUGUUGUGUCAUUUUAAAUGCAGCGAUCAUGAAUAGUGAGGAGUUUUGUGGACUGACCAUUCCUGUUUUUUCUUUGAGAUUUAUUUUAUUUCUGUUCAAGAGAAUGUUCAUUUGAAUCUGAAAUAUAUUUUUUCAUGAUUGUUGGUGAUCCCACAUGUGUUGGGUAUUGUGGCAGGGAAGAUAUACAAUUUGUCAGCGCUUUGGGGGGUGGGGUGGCUCUGAUUUACUGUCCAUUAAAUACCUGUUUUAUUUCAACGCACCUGUACAUUUGAUUGUUAUUUCUUCUAUGACAUAUUAUUUUAAUGCCAAAAUCUACAAGCUACAUAGCAUAGUGUAGAGAUUUUGCAUGUGCUGAUAAAGACUGGGGACUAUUUCAGUCCGUUCACAUAGCACUUAGCGUUGGGUCUUUUUGUAACUUUUAUUUUUUUUUCAUUCCAUUUUUUUCCGUUUCCUGUCAAAAUGUAGUGAUUGGUCAGUAUGAGUGAAAACGUAGUGCUAACAUGGAAGUCUAUCAUACAAUAAAAUCAUGCAUUUUUUUAAAUUAACAGAUUGGUGAUGUACAGUGUAUAUUUGUUUUAAUCCCUGUUUUUUACUGUUUCAGAUGUAUUUAUUAGGAUCAUAGCAGUAGACAAAAUGAUUAAUGUUGGCAUUGUACAAAUUGUCCCUGUUCUGUCAGUUAGCGAUGAAGGUUCCCAGAUGGUAAAUAAAUUAUUCUUUUACAAUUUUAACCUUAAAUUGUCUUGCACUAUCAGCUUUUUAAACAUCUGUCUCUCCUCUUCUUCUCUAGCCUUUCAAAAUGAACACAACUAAAACCGUGAAAUUCACUUUCUCUUUCAAAAUCAUGAGCAUACACCUGUACCAUCCGAUGUGACAGCUCUGCAAUAAAAUCUACUUUUACAAA